AUGGUGUUUGGAACGGUGUUGAGUUUGACCACGACACUGUCGAUGGCAUGUAUUUACAAUCCGGCACAGUGCCCUAACGGAAGUACGAAGUGUUGAUUAGUUUGUUUGGAGUUGAUUUUUAGGGGGUUUGCUUAAUUUUUAUGGCCAAGAAAGGUUCAAAAAUGUUAAAAAACGUCAAAUAAUAAGGUUAUAAAGGACAACAUAUAUUGCAAUACUUGAAAAAUCAAAAAUUGAGGUACAUAAAGACAAGGUUUUUUAAAAGAAAUUAAGAUUUUUACAACUUAUCAUUGCUUAAAAUUGGGUUAAAAUAAAGCUUUAUGUAUCAAAAUGCUUACCUCAAUAUAGACAAAAAUUUAAUUUUUAUGAAUUUCAGCAUCAAACGCCGUCCCACCGCCUCAAAUCACAUACGGACCAUCGAAUCAGACUAUACUAACACAUGAGGUAGCUAUUCUACCAUGUCAGUUCACUCCAGCACCCCCUGGCCGUGAUCCACCUAACGUUUCUUGGUUUCACAACUCGAUUCCAGUUGAUCGUGGGAACGCUCGCUACAGCGUUUCGCCCAGUGGAACGUUGAAAAUCACGGAUUUGAGGUAG